AUGCUUCUUGGUUCCGACCUCUCGCUGCUGUAUGUAGCAGCUGGCGUCAUCCUGCUCUACAUUAUCGUACAAGUGUACAAAGAUCGGCAUUUACGAAGCAUACCCGCCGUUGGGUACACAAUACCAAUACUCAACUGGGUGACUUGCAUCCAAUACAUUUUUCAAGCUCGCGAACUCAUCCGAGAGGGAUACGAGAAGCAUCAGAGCACUGGAGUAUUUCGCAUAGCUGCCCACGAUGGAUGGCUGAUCAUUGUCGCAAACCCGCAACUAGUCGAGGACGUACGCCGCGCGCCCGACGAUACCUUGAACUUUACGGAAGCCGUGAUGCGCUCGGUCCAACUCAAGUACACGAUUGGAAACGACAUCGCGGACAGAACGUAUCACGUAGACGUUGUGCGCAAUGCUCUAACGCGCAACCUCAAUACGCGCUUCGAUGAUAUACGUGAUGAGAUACAGGUGGCGUUCGACGAGGAAAUCGGUGCCGGCGACAAUUGGAAGGAACUUCCGGCCAUCGAGACAAUUCAGCGCAUCGUAAGCCGCGUGAGCAACAGACUAUUCGUGGGUAUGCCGCUGUGCAGAAACCGCGCAUGGGUGCAACUCAACAUAGACUACACGACAGACGUCGCGAUUGGUGCUAUGGUUCUCAACAUCGUACCAACGCUCUUCAAGCCUUUAGUGAGCUGGUCCCUAACUAAACUCAAGGCUCAGAGGCAGCUCGCGAACAAGCUCGUGGGACCAAUCAUCGCCCAGCGUCUGCAUGACCUCGAAGAGCACGGCGAGAAGUGGAGCGACCGGCCUAAUGAUCUCAUUACAUGGCUUGUAGAGGCGUGUCCGCCAGAGCUGCGUGAGGUUCCAUUGAUCACGAAUCGGCUCCUCGUGGUCGAGUUUGGCGCCAUUCAUACAUCCUCUAUGACGUUCUCGAACGUGAUCUACAACCUGGUAUCCAACGAGGAAUGGAUACGAAUGUUGCGUGAAGAGGUGGAACACGUCGUUGCGAUCGAGGGCUGGUCGAAGAUUGCUCUGGCAAAGAUGCAUCGUGUGGACAGCUUCAUCCUCGAGACACAGCGCGUCCACACCAUCGGGAUGCUGAACCUUCAGCGUUGGACGAUGAAGCCGUUCACGUUCUCCAACGGCAUACGCGUUCCUGCAGGCUACCAAAUCAUCAGCGCUGCGGAGAUGCUGCAGAUUGACCCAGCUCAUCACGGCGGACGCGCUACUGAGUUUAAUCCCUGGCGUUGGUCAGAUAUGCGCGCGAAAGACGCAGGGUCUCUAAAGCACCAGAUGGUUGCGACGAAUUCGACACUUCUUCACUUCGGACAUGGGAGGCACGCAUGUCCGGGCCGCUUCUUUGCUGCGUACGAGCUCAAGGGCAUGCUUGCCCAUCUCUUACUCGAGUACGACGUACGGUUCAAGGAGGGAGAGAGAAGGCCGUCGAACAUGGAGUUCGGGCCUACAAUCGUUCCACCCCAAGUGCAACUUGAGUUCAAGAAGCGGCGCGACUCUUGA